GGCAGGUACUAGCUUUCCUCUGCUGUGUCAUGGUGUCAGUAAGAAAGGGCCAGAUGGGAUCCAUAAGUAGUCAAAAGUCAUUAUAUACCAAGAAUGCAGUACCUUACCAUAUCUGUAUUUUAUGGUAAGUCACUUGAUAAGAGAGAUGUACUGGAAAUUUUCUUCAGGUCUGUGUUGUAGUCUUUUACUUUAUGUCUUAAAUAAGGCUUUGUGGCAAUUGGAGACCCCUUGAAGAUCUUACUCAGGCCAAAAGGAGCUUAUAAAAGUGCAUUCUAGGCACACAGAUUAGUUACAUAUAAAUAGCAUCUUUGAAAGGGAAAAAACAGAGUAGCUCCCUUUCCAACUUAAAUAUACAAAAUCUCCUUCAGUGUACUGAACCAAAGGGUGUUUGUUUGGAGUUUUUGGCAAGAACAAAACCCAGUUUUACUUGGCAAGUUUGGGCUAAGCGGUUACAGAAGUAAUACAGAGCAACACUCUCAGGAUGAAACGGGUGUUGGAAAUGGUGUCAUUUCCCGGUGUCCCGACAUUGCGAGAGGCAGUGCAAUGAAAGACCCUUUUCAUGCCACAAAGAGAAAGUUGUCAUGCAGGUCAAAGAUCCAGUGUAUGCUCGGAGUUUAGUAGCCAAGAAGAAUGCUACUUAGAACAUUUCUCUACUGUUUAGACAUGACUGAGGAAGAACUGGGUGUAUGCAGAUGUUUUACAGCACUGCCCAGAACUGAACUGAACUAUCUGGGGUUUGUGGUGGUGUUCCCUGACAUGAUAAGAAAAAAAUCCUAUGUUUGAGUGAGCUGUCUACAAGUCCUGGGUGAGGGAUAGGGGAAUCAGAAUUUCCAUUACUAAGAUGCUAGAAAACAAACUCAUUCAAGCAAUUUGCUACUGUCCUGGGUUCAGCAGGCUUAAACCACAACAGCUGCACAAGAAAUAGCCUGGGGUGAAUUUUUCCCUCAGCUUUUACAGUAUUGAUUUGCUGAGCUUUGGGUGAGAAGCUUUUUGAUUUGUAACUCUGCUUGUGAAAUGAGUAAAACUGCUUGAGUAAAGACAACUACAGAAUGUGCUUAUGCAGAGUAGUGCAGACAUGUGCUUUCAUUCACUAUGUUCACUUCAUUUACCCUGUGUAGCAUUCGCUUUUUCUUGUAAGUGCUAUAAAUAAUCCCUGCAAUUAUAUACAGGGGAGUGAGAUUAGUAACCUAGAAGGUAGGGAUGGGUUCUCUUCCAUAUGAGUUUCUUGUGGGAUCUUGGUAUGUAAUUUCUUGCACUGCGUAUUUCAUAGAAUAGGUGAGGUUGGAAAAGACCUUUAAGAUCAUCAGGUCCAGCCUUCACCUGAGGUUUCCUCUCAGAUAUUAAUUCUUCAUAUGGCUCUUUGAGCCCAUAGUUAUUCUAAAACACAUUAAAGAUGCUGAAUCAGAAGGCAUUAGCCAAGGGACAUUCAUCAUUUAUAAGGUGUCUGUGUAGGUAUGUGAGCCAGUAAUUCUGUAUGUAAGGCUGCAAGAUUACAGUUUGGAAUAAUGAAGAAAGCAUGCAGGCAAAACUAAAGCGUUCUUCUCUUACCUUCUGUUGUGCUAGGUGAUUGACUUGUCUAACAAGAACAGACACAGAGGCAUAAAUGCAUGGGAAAAUUUAGCCCUAAAAAUGUGUUUUUGUUUUGUUUUGUUUUUUUUGAGUUCUGGGUGAACUUACCCUUGCAUCCAGAGCUGUUGGUUCUCCAAGUUGUAAGGGUCAGGAUGAAAGGAAGACCACAGAUACCAGAAACAGGACUUGAGUUCAGACUAUGGAAUUGUCCACUUAGGUCUCACCUAACCCAGUAAAGCAUUAAACCUUUAUCUUUGGAGUGUGACUUUCCUUAAAGCAGCUCCUCUGCCUGUGUUCAGAACAGCAUGCACAAAGAGGAACGUGCUCUGCAGUUUUUGUGCUUAGAGCUGUUUGCAGCUUUCCCAUUUGCAGACCACCCUGCAGACCCCAUGCAUGUGGUUCAGAUGAAUUAGGCAGGGAGUUGGAGAUAUGGCACAGGGCAGGAGCUGGAGGAAAGCACUGAUGCACUACCAGCUGUGGAAAAUGAAAGGUGGGCAUUUAAUCAAGUAUCUUGCACAGAGCAUGAGGCCUGGUAAUGCUGUUUGGCCUGCCCUGUGCAUCGUACAGGUUCUGAUAUCAUACCAGGAAGGCAUAAAGCCUUUCUUACACAGAAAAUCCUUCCCUGGUGGUGCCAUCAUGCUAUUCACAGUUUUGGAGCCAGGGAGGUCUCUGUGCACAGCACAGCUCCUUUUCAGUGCAGUCCAGCAGCAGGCUAGCCGAGUGAGCUGCGUUUGGUUGUUUGUAAGGGUUCAGGAACUUACCCACCAGUCACUUGCUGUCUCUGUAUCUGAAGUGAAUAAAACCGCUGUUUGGGAGUCCCAGUCUGCAGCAGCAGAUAAAAUGCCUCUGGUAUUUUCUGUUGCCUAUCUAUCAGCAUCAACCCUGUCUGUUGACUUUAGAUAGCUGUCUGCACACUGUGACCUGGUAGCUCUAGUGAGAAGUAUGUGACAAUGUAAAGUGGAAGAGUUGGUUUGCUUGGGUUGAAUUGCUUAAUAUUUAGAAGGCUGUUCUAGAAAUCUCUGAAUAUUCUUAUCGGAAAAGAGAAGCCAGUCUAAAUGUUAAGGAGUCCUUGAGAUGACAGCAAUGGCAGAAUUCAACAGCAUCCAUUCAGUGACUGAAAUGCCAGAAGGAGACAAUCCUAAAAGUGGUUUCCAUCAUGGAAUGUUCUUGGAACCCCAAGAGAAGAAGAAGAGCAUGAAGGCUCUGGUGGUUAAGCAAGCAAAGAAAACUUGUAGCUGCACUCCAGCCAAAGUUAAAGACUUUGUUUUAAGUUUCUUUCCUGUCUUGCAGUGGCUUCCUAAAUACAAACUGAGAGAGUACCUACUGGGAGACAUAAUGUCUGGUGUGAUUGUGGGGGUCUUACUAGUCCCACAGUCAAUUGCUUAUUCUCUCUUGGCUGGGCAGGAGCCUAUUUAUGGCCUUUAUACAUCCUUUUUCGCUGGCAUUAUUUAUUUCAUAUUUGGAACUUCCCGCCACAUCUCAGUUGGCAUCUUCGGUGUGAUUUGCCUGAUGGUAGGACAAGUCGUGGAUCGUGAGAUACAGAGAGCUGGCUAUGAUGCAGAGCCAGCAGCGCUCAGUGGCCUCACAGCUACAGCAGCAUAUGCAAACACCACCAGUUCUCCUGUGAAUCGGACAUCACAGGAGUUGCUCUGUGAUAAAAGCUGCUAUGCAAUUACAGUGGGAGCCACUAUGACCUUCAUAGCUGGAGUUUAUCAGGUGGCCAUGGGUUUCUUUCAAGUGGGCUUUGUCUCAGUGUACCUCUCCGAUUCAUUGCUGAGUGGAUUUGUCACGGGUGCCUCCUUCACCAUCCUGACCUCACAAGCCAAGUAUCUCCUGGGUCUAAACAUUCCAAGGACCAGUGGCAUUGGCUCCCUCGUAACCACAUGGAUAAACAUCUUCAGAAACAUACACAAGACCAACGUCUGUGAUCUCAUCACCAGCAUCUUGUGCUUUCUUGUACUUAUCCCAACCAAAGAGCUUAAUGAUCAUUUUAAAUCCAAGCUCAAGGCUCCAAUACCAGUUGAACUAGUCGUGAUUGUGGCAGCUACUUUGGCAUCUCACUUUGGGAAGCUGAGAGAGACUUACGGGUCAAGCGUUGCCGGACGCAUCCCAACUGGGUUUCUGCCACCCCGUCCUCCAGACUGGAACCUGAUUCCUAAUGUGGCUUUGGAUGCUAUCCCCUUAGCUAUUAUUGGCUUUGCCAUCACUGUCUCCCUCUCGGAGAUGUUUGCCAAGAAGCAUGGUUACUCUGUGAAGGCCAACCAGGAAAUGUAUGCCAUUGGCUUCUGCAACAUCAUUCCUUCUUUCUUCCAUUGUUUUAUAACAAGUGCAGCUCUUGCGAAGACUCUUGUCAAAGAGUCCACAGGCUGUAGGACACAAGUGUCUGCCAUGGUAACUAGUUUGGUAAUCCUAUUAGUCCUCCUUGUGAUUGCACCUUUGUUUUACUCCCUUCAGAAAUGUGUCCUUGCUGUCAUAACCAUUGUAAACCUCAAAGGAGCCCUGCAGAAGUUCAGGGACCUGCCAAAGAUGUGGCGUUUGAGCAGAGUGGAUACAGUGAUCUGGCUAGUUACUAUGGCAGCCUCAGCCCUCAUCAGUACUGAGAUUGGUCUUUUGGUUGGUGUUUGCUUCUCUAUGCUCUGUGUCAUUUUCCGAACUCAGAGACCUGAGGCACCACUGCUUGGUUGGGUGGCGGAGUCCGAGACGUAUGAAUCCCUGUCUGCUUACAAGAACUUGCAAACCAAGCCAGGAAUUGUGGUGUUCCGUUUCGAAGCACCCCUCUACUAUAUCAACAAAGAGUGCUUUAAAUCCAUCCUGUACAAGCAAACUGGGGUCAACCCAGUCUGGGUGAAAGCAGCAAAGAAAAAGGCAGUAAAGAGAAUGCUUAGAGAGAAAGAGGUAGAUUCUGGUGGCAACCAGACCAGCAUCUCCAUGGAUUUUGUCUCUGAACCUCUGGGAUUUCACACAAUAGUGAUUGACUGUUGUGCAGUACAGUUUCUGGACACGGCAGGAAUACGCACGCUCAAAGAGGUCUGCAAGGACUACAGGGAGAUAGAAGUCCAGGUGCUUCUGGCCCAGUGCAAUCCUUCAGUGAGGAGUUCCCUGAUCCGAGGAGAAUUCUUUAAAGAGGGGGAAGACCACCUUCUCUUCCACAGUGUGCACCAGGCUGUGGACUUUGCAUUGGGUGCACAGCGGCACAGUGGGACUAGCGUUUGUAAGAAGUAGCUGUGGAAAGGCAGCAAGUUGGAACAAAGCUUGGGGAAAUAAUGGUGGUGGGUCUGUAUAUCUGUGCAAUAUAUAUGCACUCAGAUAAAAUGAAGCAGAGUGGUUGUUAACACACUGAUUACUUUGCGGUCUGUUUUGAUGCUUUAAAUUUGCCUGCUGGGUAUAGUGAUUCAUUAGGUGAUAUUGAAUGAAGGCAAUUCUUAACUUGAUUAUGGUCAAUCUGUGAAUCUUAAAGAGUUUU